UACCUCCUUAAAGGUCCUGUCUCUAAAUAUAGUCACAUUGGGGAUUAGGACCUCAACCUAUCAGUUUUGAGGAGAUAGGAUUCAGUCCAUAACAGGGUAUAUUUCUGGGCCGUCCCUUUUGUCCCAUCAAUCUGUGUGUCUGUCCCAAUACCACACUUUUGAUUAUUGUAGCUAUUUCAGUAAAUCUUAGCAUUAUUGCUCCCAUUUUAUUUUUCUCUUUCAAGAUUGUUCUCAGACUUAUGCCUUUCCAUAUAAAUUUUAGAAUAAAUUUGUUGGCAAAACUUUACUGAGAUUUUGAUAGGAACUAGUAUUGGUUUUGUUGAUCUUUCUCUAUUUUUCUAUUCUUAUUGAUGUUGGAUGUUAUCUUUAUUAUUUCCUCCCUUUGCUUGCUUUAGAAUUAUUUAGCUCUUUUGCUAGUUCUUUUUCCUCCCCCCCCCCCAUAUGUGCCAUAACUUACAUAAGACUUCAGCGGGUCCUCCCAGCACCACCAACCCCCGCCCUGAGUUCCAGCUGGGGUCGAGCCUCUCAGGAGUCCUCCGGGAACCUGGACGAAGGGAAGCAACUCCGGGGGCCCGGGCUCCCUGUCCUCCAGGUCCUCCAGCUCGCGGGCGCGCGGGCCGGGGGUUCCACGGCCUGCGCGGGGACGUGUGCGCCGCCUAAGCAGCGGACUUCCGCUUCCCCGCGCCGGCCCCGCGCAGCCAUACCCCCGCCGCACGGGUGCUCCGGACCCCGGGGGCCGCCGCCCUUUGCGCUCCCCCGCGGGAGUGCGGGGCGGAGGGCCGGCCGGCGGACGACGUGGGUGUUAAGCGGCUGCCCCUGGCGGCGGAGGCAGAGCGGCUUGCCGGCGGCGGAGCCCGAGCAGCACGCAGGGCCAACUGUCCUGGCGGGAUAUGAGACACCCGUCAUAAGCUCCGGAGAGUUGCCUUCCACAGAGACCAGCAGAGGAGUGGGCCAACAUGAAGUCCAGUCCUGCCAUCCAAACUGCCAUUGACCUCACAGCGAGGGCUGCAGGUGUUGGAAAAGGCAAUGGGAGUGAUGUUAAAGUACAAAUAAUGAUGAAGAGCCAUAUCGUCUUUUUCUGUUCUGCUUCCAAAAACUGUUGGAUCCUUCAUGAUGCGGAAACAGACAGCGUGACAAUCCAUCUGUCCAACUGCCCACCACUGUAUGAUGACAUCAAAGUGCAGUUUUUCUCUUCUUCCGACCUACCCAAAUACUAUGACCAGUGCCCAUUUUUUUUUCUGGUUCCAUACAUCAUUUUUACAAAAUAAAAGGUAUGGCUCUGAUAUAAUCCAGUAGAAAUGGCUUAAUCUCCAAGAUCUGUGUAAGGCAGAAUGGCACUCCUGCCCUCAAUUUAUAGAAACCAAGAAAUCCUCAAGUCCCCCAUUCUUCAUUAUGUAAAAUAUAGGGUUAGCGUUGAGAACCACUGUGGCCUUAACCUCAAAGUCCAUGCCAUAGGACUGUGUCAUAGGAGCUGAGACGUAUUCUAAUCAGAUCUAGGUGUGGUGAUAAAUCCCUCCCCUUGCAAGUGUAGCAGGAGUCUGCUCAAUUACCCCGACUAGGGCAGGUCCACCGUGUGUGUUCAUCUUCUGAUGACCGACCACCUACCAUAUUCUAGGCCAGAAAGGAAAGCAUCCUCGAGGAAGGCUUUAGCUAGUUUAAAGGUGACUGACACACCUGGAUCUAGGGCAGAAGUUAGAGGACACAGUAAGCAUCCAUGAAGACAGCUUAAAAAAAAAAAUCAAUAGUCUCUAUUUUAGAAAUGACUUUCUAGUGACUAAACUGGGAAAUCUUUUUUUAUAAAUUAACUGAAGAUUAUUCCAGGGAAACUUCUUCCCUCUCUGGAAAUUCGUUCCUGAGUCUGGAAGUUCUCUAGAAUUCUAGUUCUCUAGUACUUGAAGGAGGACUGAGUUAGUGGGAAUAGUAGAAAUAGCCGCUGAGGACUAUGGGUCUUGCUUGUGGGGGACGAGAGCUCUCUUGCAGACUCUGCAGGGAAAAGGGUAUCGGGUGUCAGCAAUAAAAACACAGCUCUGUCAGAG